AUGGACAUGCCACCUGGAUGGGAGAUGUCGAAGGCUAAAGGCACCAACAGGCCGUAAUCAUCUUGUUUUUAUUAUUCUCUCCAAAGAUACUUUAUUAACCAUAACGAUCACACGACGACAUGGGAAGAUCCAAGGAUUGCAUAUUACACUAAGAGGCCCUUUUGUGAAUCUACUGAAUCGGAUCCGUCAGAUUCGGUAAUGAGUAGUGCAUCUUCGCCUACGCCCUCUUAAAAUUAUAGGAGGCGAAUGUUGCUGAGUAUCAGUCGCCUGACGCAUCCUAUGCUGAAUGCUCUGUCAGGUCCCGUUGGGACGAAAUCCCUGCUGAUUUUCGGGAUGACUCUAGGUUGGUUCAUCUUUAUUCGUGAUUAAUGACUCAAACUUGUUUCACGCUAUGUAGACUCCCCGUUUUGAGAAAAAUCGCACAUUAGAGAUGUUAUUAAGGAAGGCCGAUUUAAUGAUUCCAGGGGCUUUUUACUGUGUAUAUCAGCCAUUUCGUUCGCACCUUUAAUUGCUUAUCUCCCCAAGUACAGGGACGUCUUCUCUCAGGGAUUCAUUACUGAUUCCUGAACGACAGACGUGGUUUUCGCAGCUUCCAAAUUACAUGAAAAAUACCAAAUGGAAAGGAUCCGCCUCCCACAGAGGACUUCCGCACUGUGGGCCGACAUGGACUCUGGGAGUUUAAAUGUCCUGAAAGCUUUACCUUGAUGGUCAGCCUGCCCCACGACAGCAUGAUGCUUCGCGCUAGUCGGUGGACAAACCUCCAAACCAUUUGCUACCGAAACAAUUAUUUGCCUGACGCAGCCCUCUUCUCUGCGGUGCUGGUGGACGUUUGUCUUUUUGUUCAACCGGGGAUGAAUAUAGGUAUCGAACUUUCGAAAACUAGUUGGGUAUCUGACAUGCACAUCGUCGCAACAGUCUCCAAGGUCUAGCAACCUGGAUACCACAACAGAGGUUUAAAUGCGGUGAACCUUGGAACUUUCCACCUGUGAGUUCGCCGCCUGCGAACUAAACAUCCGCAUGGAGAGGAUAACCGCCAUUCGUCCACUGCCACCUACCAAAAACAAGGAACUCCAAAGUUCCGUCGAUGAUAGUGGCUCUACUGAUGGGCUAAAAUUCCUGUCUCAGAAGUACGACCUCAGGUUAACACCCGGAUAGAUGGUAUAGUUUACACACCUGUUGCCCAAGGUCGGCCAGUCAUUCGGCUGACAUUUAUACCCCAGAUGAGGUCGUCGGCCAUUUUAUUAAACACCAAAGAUGUGGAAGGUUGUGAUCCUGAAAAUACUUCGCUACAGCCCUAUGACCUGGGGAAUUUAUCAUAAACGAGAUCCGAAGCGUAACCUUCCUAAUUUAGGCUGCUUUAAAAUUAAUUCUUAGGUCUUAGAACCGAUUUUUAUGGCCUACGUCAUUGCAGUGAUGAAGCAGUCUUAACCUAGAUAGAACAGGCGCACCCUGAGAAUGUCUAAUGAACGCCUGCGGAAGAAACUGCACAGGCAAACCUCAGGAGUCAGACCCAAGUGCUGUAUCGUCAAUCACGAGCCUUUGGACAUUCGUACAGGGCCGGUAGGUAUGACAAACUGAAGCAAUGAAUGAUGCGGCUAUCAUCGAAGCCAAUCAAAUACAAAAGGCUAGAAAGAAAAGUCAAGAACGCAAUGACAUUCCCAGUGGCCAGCCCCUUUCCAGGUGUUCUCACAGUCACCGCACAUUCGGAGGUCGCAUUGAUCUUGCGAGCUAUCGCACGCAUCAGAACAUUACCAACGACAAUGUGGAUACCAUGCUGUGAAAAGUUGCAAAAGCAAAAAAAUCGCUUCACGCCCACCCACACCGUAAGGGCACAUUCCGGCCCAGAAUAUUCGUGUCCACCCUAACACAUCCGGCUGUCAUCCGUUCUAAUUUCCGAACAUGCGCAACCUCGGACUGCAGAAACCGACUCAGCAACGCGUAGGUCACGUCGACUGUCUUACCCAUGUUACAUCUGUAAUUCCAACGUAGGACUAAAUUAAUAAAGCAUUCGAUGUAACUGCUGCUAAACGUAGGUCCACGGAUACUGUCUCAGACUGCCAACUUCGUCGUCUUCACAAAUGCACUCCUAGACCUGCCCCACCUGCUCAACGCAAACGUAGAAUACCCAUCACUCAUAAUUUUUUCCCUGACCAGUGCCAAUAUUCUGAAAACCACUCUAGCCUACUCCUGCUCUCAACAGACUUAGAACUGAUGAAUAUAGACUUAAACAUAUGCACUACUCCCUUAGUAGUGCGCAGCAGAUGUCGCUGUUCGCCUAAGCCACGGAUUCGGAUUGGUGAGAAUGACCGCCCCCGAUUAGGACGGGCCAAGUGUCAAAGGAUGUUGUUUCCUCCUGAAUCCGAAGCAUAGCGCUCUAGUCUAUUACCAGUCUAUCUGAGUGUUCAUAUUCGCCUUUUGAGGGUCUUUGAUCCUCUCGAAUGUAGUCCCUUUUUCUCUACUCUGUCUUUCCUUUUGACUGUCAUAAUUUACAUUUUCAGACCUUGAUGUCUGUCAACUCAUUUUUCGUGUUUGCGCCUCAAACUUGUUCAUUUUACCUACCCAUUAAAGGUCGUCGGUUAACUCUUCUCAUCGCUCGUCAAAUUCCGAGGGUAGGUUGUGAGGUUGUUCUCCUUAUUUUCGUUUUUCUCUAUCCCACCAUAUUUUCAGUUAACUAUUUGUGCUGCCAGGUCAUGCAUUUUUAAUGCAAGUUACGUUACUAACACCAAAAGAGGGAUGCUGUUGGCUAUCUUAGUAAAAGUUUUCGUUCGCCGAGCCCACCGUCUUCUUAGUCUGCAUAUCUCAUUACUCUAUUUACCUCUGAAGGUUCGGUGCGAGCAAGCAUGCUAGACGAUUGUGUCACCGCACAGGCCUUGCCUAAAUGUGGCAAAUGUUUAGCAUAAUUACCAAGACUAAUUCAUAACCUGUCUAUGCAAAACUAACUAACGUUCUCCAUAUACGAUACACUUCCCAAGGCUUCUUUAUUGUGACUGAACAAGAGUUAGAGCGGAAUACGCAAGGAAUGCUCUUUCACUUAACUGAGCUCGAGGGAGCUCACUGUACUGAAACUGUUUCAAACCGAUGAUUAGGCACAUUCCAAGUGUUACAUCCAGCUAUUUAAGUAACCGCCGCGAUUAGUCAUAAGUUCGUAGAUAGACCUCUAUCUGCGAAUGUCUCUGAUGAUGGAUUCGAGUGAGAAUCCGAAACGUCAGGCAAAUAAACUUCUUGCCCCAGUGAUCGCAUCGUCAUCUUCUGAGUCAUAAGUUCAUGACUGUGUAUCGUUAUAAUGGGUCAGGAGCGCGCCUCAUUGGAUAAUCCUCGAUGUCGCGGACUUCACUGUUACGAUCAUAACACAUGGCCUAUCGUAGGCCGUUUAUGUGGUCGAUUUUUGGUUUAACAUCAUUGUUUUCCACGCCUUUGAAGCCUAAUGGCCUUUCAAGAUAGCCAGGUUGCGUCGCCUGCGUGUUUAUGCAACAUUGCCUACUACGUUGACAAAUCCAGUCGCGCUCCGGCUCUUACGUCUUGUAUUAUCGACUUCCUUAUUUUAAUUGAUUUACCUUGACUGUGAGUUCAGGUUGUAUCGUUUCAGUUGUUACGCCUGACGCUUCUAUGACACUUUUGAGGCAGUUUGCGCGUAAUGCACCUGAUGAGGACUGCUUCUAUUGGGGCUUUCUGCUUUUUCCCUAGGUCUCAGAAGGUCCCUUCGGUCUGCCGCAGCCCGCUCUACACCAAGUAACCGCUCCCAUAGGUCGCAUCGAAGUGGAAGCGAACGCGUGACCCACGAAAGGACGACUCACCUUUCUACAUGGACCUCCUUGCGGAGCGAACGAUCCUUAUCGAAACACCGACGCCGAGGAGACGAAUCGUAUGAAGAGGAGCCAAUGAAGCCACUGAUGGAGUCCGAUGAAGACCAGAGAACCUUGCAGGACUCGCCAACCCCAGAACAGUGCGUUCGGUUCACGAUUCUUACAAUGCACUUAUGUUGAGAAAAAACACAAUAUGUCUUGAUUCCCUGUGUGUGCGUGUGCUUUUGCCUGCCCACCCCCAAAACGGGCCAUGCAGGAUGCGCCGGACUAACACAGGGGCUAGGUCGGAAUCUCGCAGGUGUUAUUAAGAAUGCGCACCCAUAACGACUGUCAACAUCUGGGGUGUUGUAGCAUGCCCAGGUCAAGGCUCACGUCGCACCAACAGGAACCCAGGUCAUCCCCUUCCAUUCCAGGUGUAUUAGAUCCUGGCCAGGGGGUACGUUGUGGACCAGGGGUGUGGUAUUGCAUCUGAGUGCGGGUUUUCGGCGUGCCAGCCACCCGCGUUCCCUCCCGCCUCCGGUCUUCUUGACUCUGUCUUGACACCGGACCCAGGAGAGGGUGCGAUAGAUGCAGCGCAAGUCCACUAUCACUUUAAACUAGCACACGCGCAAAUCACCGUCCCUGUUCUCAUCUUGCUGUGGAGCACACGAUCGAACGGCCUGGUGUUUUUGAGACUGCGGUUACCAAGCAAACCCCGUCUGGCGGUUUCGUGCGAUCCAACUGUGUAGAACAUAAAGCCUGCAUCCGAUAAUCUCCACAUACUAAACGACCAUCGCUAGCUGUACUGUAACUCAAGACCACCCACUAAGCAGUGCUUGUUCACCGUCUCGUUUUCACUGAGUUGGUUGGAUGCAAUAGAAGACCAAAUGACUUGGUAUUAAUUCCCUCGCAGCUUCCCAAAGCGCUGCGUAUCACGUGAUUAGGCUUUCCUAUUUUGCUGUCAGGAGCAGAUCCACUAAAGUGCUUUUAUAUGUAUAUAUAUUUUUAGGACGCCGACACAGGACCAAACCGUCGCCUCAGAGACUGCAGGAGAGUCCGUGGAAUCCCCUAAAUCUGGAGUAAGUACAAGUCUCGAUUCGUCCCACCUGUUUGUGCCUCUUUGCCGUUCUACUUCGGUACAAGUGGGUUUUAGCCGUAGUUUUCCAAAACUGAUGUCGAAUUUCAUGGAUUCCGGCAUUUAUCUUUUCGCCUUAUGCAUACGUAGGCAUUCCAUUUAUGGAAAUCUAGACAACUAAGCAUCACAUUCUCUCGAUAGCAGGAUCUACUUUCAGUUUAUUUCUUCAGUCUGCGCCAUGAACACCCUUGGAACAAGGUUUUUUCCCAUGAGUCAGACUACUAAAUGUGAACAUCUGCUGGCCAGCUCUGUUUUACUUGUUAAAGUCCAAGCCCAUUCGUAGUGCGCGUCCGCAGUUUCCUCUAAUUAUUACGGUUGUGACCAUGUCUGAUGUAGUCGACCUCGGUAGGAUCAGAAGCAGUGGACCCAGAGAGGCCUUUUUUCGCAACGAAUACUGAGUACCGAAUGCUCAUUAAUCCUCUUCGUGAAAUAUCCAUCCAAAUAGCAUCAUGCCUGUACGUUUUUUAAUGCUCCUUGUGAAGCAUGCAACAUAGCCCGCCAAUUUUAUGAGCCCCCUAUGGUAUCUUCCUAGUGUCAUGGAGGAGCAUAUGAUCCUCCUCGUCUGAAAGCCUAAAAUCUAGAUGCAACUGCAUCUCAUUUGAGAAUUUUGGCCAACACUUCAUGAGAUUGGUCGCUGGUUGUAGUACGCUCACAAUCAGUGCUGUUGCUCAGUUUUGUGACCUUUCUAUCAAGAACUUGAAACAUGAAGGUGACUACUGGUAAUGCCGCCAUCGCAAGUAUAUCUAGCGUCCUCGAAGAUAGCUGGAGCGACAUCCCAUGCCCUCAGUGCGGCAGCUGUAACUCCAAAGCCGCGCUCGGCUGUGGAAGCGAUCAUCUAACAAAUUAGCUCAACGCAGUCUGCCAGGUUCAAAGGAUGGUUACUGGACUCCACUGGUUUAAUUCUUGGUCGUGGUGAAGAUAAGUAGGUGUGUGAUCCUCACUGUUGUAUUUGCGAUCUCACUCGAUCCCAUUCUGUCCGCCCGCCAGCUUGCUACUGGCGACAACGGACGCUGUGUCAUAGGACACAUGCCACAUCUAAUACAUAGGCUGCUCGCUUAGAGUGCAACAUUCCAGAAGCAGACAGUUGUUUCGCGGUCGUUACCGAUCGUCAGUACGUCACAUGCCAUAUGAAGUGAGGUAUAUAAGCGUGUCAGGUAGGCAUGUGACCCUCACUGGUGUGGUUAAGUUCUCACUCGAUCCCAUUCUGUCCACCCGUCAGCUUGCUACUGGCAACAACGAACGCUGUGUCUUAGGACACAUACGCCUACUUGACAUGCCUAUAUACCUUACUGCAUAAGGCCUAGGACGCACUGAUGGUCGGUAACGACUGUGAAACAGCUGUCUGCGUCCGGUCUGUUGCACUCUUAGCGAGUUGCCCAUGCGUUACAGUGAACCCAUUUUCGCAGGUGACCGCGCUUAGACGGUAAUUAUGCUGGACACCAACAAGACUGACCAGAGCAGGCGAGAUCACAGUAAUAUCGGUCACUGCUAUCUUCUCCUUCGGAGUUCACAUCCCCCCAACAUUUAAAUAACCAAUGGUAGGAGGCGCUCACCCAUCGUUCUUACGGAACUCACUCGUUCCGUUCUGCCUUACGGGCUCUCUCUCGAGCCCAACCAGCAGCUGCACAGUGACGCAUGAUAUGGGCAGUAUGUUAUUAACAUAAGAUAACAUAAUAACCUACUGCCUAUAUCAUGCGCCGCUGUGCGACUGCUGGUUGGGCUCGAAAGAGAGCCCGUAAGGCACAACGGAACGAGUGAGUCCCAUAACACGAUUUGUGAGCGCACCCCCCCCCCUCACCAUUGUAUAUUUCCGAUCGAAACCGACAGAGCAACGGGCUCGUGGCCCAGCGGUUAGAGGCGUGGACAUCUAACAAACAGGUCGCGAGUUCGAGCCUCGUAUGUGCCACACUUCGGGGUUGGGUAUGACUAGCUGACGACGCCUGAUAAGUCAGAAAUGGCCAUUCCGGUCUCCCUUGUCUUUGUCGGUAAUAACAUACUAUUUAAAUAACCAUUUAUUGCCAUCAACAUGUCUUUUUUUGGUUUCUCUAAACUGCAUGUGUAGAUUGAGUGCUCCAUAAACGACGAAACUUCCGCACCAACACCGUCGCCAUCAGCUCACCUCACUCGAUCCACUCUGGCCGUCGGUCCGAAUCCGGCUCUCCGCGGUGCUCGUAUAACCGCUCGUGGGCCCGACCCCAGCCUUCUACGCGCCGCCGAUGUCCGCUUGGCCAAGGGACCCAAUCCCAGCCUGCGCCGGGGACCCAAUCCGGAUUUGCUAGGCGGUAGCACACCUGCCGCCACCGCCACCAGUUUUGGCUCAGUCACCGUUCGAUUAUCGUCUCUAGUCCUCGCUCGUUGA